AUGUCCACCCGCAGCAACCGCUUCUCCGGCUCCUUCCAGCCGCUGCGCAACACAUCAAUCAGAAUGCGGUCCAUCAAGACAGCCUUCAGUCCGACGCGGGCCAGCCGCUCGGCGUCGGCAACAUCCUGCUCGAGCACCAGCACGACCUCUCCGCUGACGCAGUCGCGCAGCGUCUCCGGGUCGUACUCGCGCAAUCCGAGCCCGCAGAGCUCGCGCUCCGGCCACAGCCUCGCCGAGAUGCUGGCCGUCCGCCGCCGCACCAGCGACCUCGAGUUCGAGAUGCAGGCUGAGGCGCUGGCGUUCGAGAGCGAGCUGGAUGUGUUAGAGCCGCGGCCGAGGGGCGGCGAGCACGCGAGCGUCGUCGGCAUCUUCGAGGUGUUGGAUGGCAAGUGCUAG